GCCAUCGCAGUGGUGCCGAAUGUGCGGCUGUUACAGCUUGCCGCUUCACAGAGGUCAUGUGGUGGACCCUCUAAGAUUUCGGAACGAAGCCUUCCAUGGACCUACCGAUUGAGACAGAGCCGUUCCCUGUCCAAGAUCUCAGUUUCCAGUAAAGAGUCAGUGGUUUCAUAUCAAUAUCUCACACACAACUGCAUAGAACAGGAUUUGUCACUGACCUGUCUGAUCUUUGUAGCAAGACGUGAUGAGUUUCCUAUGAGGAGGAUGUGGCCGAGACGAUGGUCGUCACGACGGAACCCAAGGCGUCGUUGCUGACGUCAUCAUGAGGAGGUGUAUGCAGAGAGGAAGAUGAGGAACCUCCUGGCUCUCAUGUGGAUCCUGUUCAUAUCAGGUUGCUCGGGCAACCCCGACGCUAAGCGUCUGUACGACGAUCUUCUCAGCAACUACAACAAGCUGGUGCGUCCCGUCGUGAAUGUGAGCGACGCACUCACAGUCAAGAUCAAGCUCAAAUUGUCUCAGCUCAUUGACGUGAACCUCAAGAAUCAGAUCAUGACUACCAACCUCUGGGUGGAACAGUCAUGGCACGAUUACAAGUUAAAAUGGGACCCGAAGGAGUAUGGUGGAGUGGAGAUGCUACACGUGCCCUCUGACCACAUCUGGAGACCAGACAUCGUACUCUACAAUAACGCUGAUGGAAAUUUUGAAGUCACUCUGGCAACGAAGGCAACGCUCAACUUCACUGGCCGCGUGGAAUGGAAACCGCCGGCGAUCUACAAGUCUUCGUGCGAGAUCGACGUAGAAUAUUUUCCGUUUGACGAGCAGACGUGCGUCAUGAAGUUUGGAUCGUGGACCUACGAUGGUUUUCAGGUGGAUCUGCGCCAUAUCGACGAAGUAAAGGACUCGAACGUCGUGGAGAUCGGCGUGGAUCUGUCCGAGUUCUACACGUCUGUAGAAUGGGACAUCCUGGAAGUACCGGCGGUGAGGAACGAGAAAUUCUACACGUGCUGCGACGAACCGUACCUGGAUAUCACGUUCAACAUCACGAUGCGCCGCAAGACUCUCUUCUACACCGUGAAUCUCAUUAUUCCCUGCAUGGGCAUCUCCUUUCUCACUGUGCUGGUAUUUUAUUUGCCAUCUGACAGCGGUGAGAAGGUGAGCUUGUCCAUCUCCAUCCUGCUGUCUCUGACUGUGUUCUUCCUACUGCUCGCAGAGAUCAUCCCCCCCACUUCAUUGGUUGUACCUCUGCUUGGAAAAUUUGUGCUCUUCACCAUGAUCCUUGAUACUUUCAGCAUCUGUGUGACAGUUGUGGUGCUCAAUGUUCACUUCCGUUCACCACAGACACAUACUAUGGCCCCCUGGGUUCGUCGUGUUUUCAUUCAUAUUCUUCCUCGUCUUCUCGUAAUGCGUCGACCACAAUAUCAGAUAGACAAACGAAGUUUUAUGGGCUCUUCUGCCCGAAUAAUGGUGCGCACCUGUAAUGGACUUGAACUGCGAGAUCCAACUCUGUUGGCUGAGUCAUCAGCAUCUGAGCUUGUUGAUUCCUCUCACACCACAGAGCUGUUUCCCACACUGGAUUCGCAUGAUGAGUUCACUCCCAGGGAAUUGGAAGCAACAGGUCUGGGGUCAGGAUGUCGAAUCCAUGGCACACCACCACUACCUCCACUGUGCCAGGAGGAUGGGUUCCUGGCACCAGGUCCACUUGAUGAAGCAGCUAGUCCAUUAUGCAGACAUCUUCAUCACUGGCACAAUUGCCCUGAGCUGCAUAAAGCUAUUGAUGGGGUCAAAUUUAUUGCUGACCACACAAAGAGGGAAGAAGACUCUACUAGGGUGAAAGAGGAUUGGAAAUAUGUAGCAAUGGUGCUAGAUCGACUGUUCCUAUGGAUCUUUACACUAGCCGUCCUAGUGGGAACAGCUGGUAUCAUUCUACAGGCACCAACACUUUAUGAUGAUCGUAUUCCUAUUGAUGUUCGCCUAUCUGAGAUUGCAUCCACUACGGCCAAACCCCAUAUAGCCACCAGACUCUGAACAUUACUACAUUUGCGCUCUGAAUGCACAAAUGUCACAGAGAAGCCCCAGAGGAUUGUAGCCCUGAUAGAGCAUAACAAAUUGAAAGCAAUGGCGUUGCUAAAUCAAAAUAAUGGACACAAGCCCAUCUUUAUAAUUUUGAAAGCUCUUUUUACCGAAGGAUGUGGCUUGUUUGUUUGUUUUUUGUUUGUUUCUGUUCAUACACGGCUGGUACGGAUCAUAAAAAUUGAAGGCCCAUGUGCACAGGAGGACACUGGACAUUGUACCUGCCUGGGUCAUGUAUAGCAACAUCCUUGCAACUUAGAUUCAUCUACUUCACCUGAUGACUGAUUGUAGUUGUAAUUGAUUUUUGCAGACAACAGUUUUCACAUGGUAGUUUAUUCCUGAGAUAUGAGUAAAGUAAAUGAAGGGGAUUUUAUUCAUUCUUGAUUGUAAGUUAUUUGGAAUCAUCCUCUGAUAAUUAAAAAUUUCAAAACCAGGAAAUUAAACAAGAAUGCUGUAAAGACUUAUUCUAAAUUAAACAUAAGGCAUUACAUAUUUUGCUUCUGGAUGGAAAAAUAAUCCAAAACAAAAUGGGAGGGGGGAAAGAGAGUUAAGCAGAGUUUCAAAAUUGAUUUGCAUCUGCAAAUUUUGCACCAGAAACAUUCCACACGGGGAGCUGGGGCAGCUCAGUUGGUAUAGCAAUUAGGGUCCUGACUGGAUGAUUGAUGAGAAAGGGUUUGGUACUUGUCAGAGGUGAAAGAUAUUUCUCGUUUCCAUAAUAUCCAGAGUGGGUCUGGGUCGCAACCAGUCUCCUGUACAAUGGGCUCCAGGGGUUAUUACCCCGAUAAUAAAUUGGCAGAUGCAUGAAUCUGAUCACUCACCUCCAUCUAGUCCUGAAUAUAGUAAUGGUGGAGCUAUGCUGCCAGUCCAACACAUUUCUUCAUGGAGUGAUGCUUAAUUCAGUCCAGUGAUAAUUUUUUCCCAUGAAGAAAUAAUGCAAAUUUUCUUUAAACAAUAAAAAAUUUAUGUCUCUCCCUUAAAACUGCCCUAAUUUAAUAUAGUAUUUACUGAUUUGUUUUAAUACAAAAGAAUGGUCAUUUUUAAUUCUUUGUGUUUCUUGUUUCGUUCUAUCCUCUUUUCAUUUCUCUCUCUCUGUCUCUAUUUCUUCUUUCUU